AUGGCACCCACACCACAUACCCUUCACACCGACGUGAUUCCAGGAACAGUGCACCUGGUCGAUUUGGCAGGAACGCUGCAGGUUAAACAUAAUGAGGCUGGUCAAAAAGACAUCAUCCUUCUGCCUCAGCCAACCAACGAGUACGAUGACCCGCUCAACUGGUCUAGAAGGCGCAAGCUCCUCUCCGUUAUGCUGCUGCUACUUGCCGUCUUCUCCGCCGAUAUCAUGACCACUUUGCUCUCAGCCGCGCUUUUAGACAUAGAAGCGGAGACCGGCAUCCCUUUGGCGACCCUUAAUCAGGGCAUUAGUGUCCAGUACCUUUUCUUCGGCUGGAGCACCUACCUGGUGUGGCAACCAUUUGGCUUGACAUUUGGACGACGGCCGGCUUUCCUCAUCGGCGGACUCGGCAUGCUCGCCUGCUCUGUCUGGACUUCGUAUGUCAAGUCAGGAGCCGAGUGGUACGCCAAUCGAGUGCUGAUCGGGUUCUUCUAUGGACCUAUCGAAACACUCAUCGAGGUCUGCAUCUCCGAUAUCUUCUUUGCCCAUGAUCGAGGCUUUUGGAUCGGCAUGUACUGCUGGAUCCUCUUCGGCAUACCGUUCCUCGGAGCUGUACCUGCAGGUUUCAUCGCACAAAAUAUUGGCUGGAAAUGGAUUCAAUUCAUCGCUUCAAUCAUUGCCGCUGCCUGUCUGGUGGCCAUGAUCUUCUUCCAGGAGGAGACCAUGUUUUAUCGGCCCCCCGUCCAGGAGGAAGCGUUGGAUGUCGACGAAGAAAGCGCUUCGGACAAGGAGUCCACUGAAAAGACAGCUUCCCCGGAUGAGAAGAACCCAAUUGGCUCGCAGUCUCAGCCUCCGACACGGCUCGGCGAGACAAGCACCAAGAAGAGUUAUGCUCAAAAGCUCAAGUUCUGGGGUGCUCGUCGUCCCGGUCAACCCAACAAUUACUGGCUCUCGAUGUGGCUGCCCAUCGCCUUGCUACAAUUUCCUGUUGUUGUCUUUUCUGGUGUUCUUGUGGGGUCAGUUUUAUCUUGGUUCAAUGUCGUCAACGGCACGGCUGCUUUGGUCCUCGCCGCACCCCCCUACAACUUCUCCACGGAAAUGAUAGGGGUCAUGUUCAUUGCUCCUUUCAUUGGUUGCACGGUGGGAUGCGCGUUCGCGGGUGUGUCUGCUAACAGAUUCGCGGUGUGGAUGUCCCGGCGCAAGGGGGGCAUUUUCGAGCCAGAAUACCGUCUCUGGAUGGCCGUGGUUCCCUUGCUGCUGCAUCCUGCUGGAUGCAUCCUGUUCGGCGUUGGAGCCAACCACGGCGUGCACUGGAUGGGACUCGCUUUCGGCCUGGCGUUUGUGGUUGGCACAUUCCCGAUCGGAAGCGCAAUCGCGAUCAACUAUAUCAUCGACUCAUACCGAGAAAUCUCCGGUGAUGGUCUCGUUACCAUGAUCUGCAUCCGCAAUUCGAUGGGUUUUGGCUUCGGGUACGCCGUCACACCCUGGAUCGUCGCCUCCGGCGUGCAGAAUACGUAUAUCGCCAUCGCGUUCAUCGGCAUGUUCUUCUGGGCUUUGUCGUUCUUGUUCAUUGUGAUUGGCAAGAAGACCCGCAAGACAACCGCCAGAAGCUACUGGCAUAUGGUCGAGAAGCACGGCCUCAAGUCGCAUUGA